UAAACAGUCAAAACAAUCAUGUAAACAGUCAAAAAUGAUCCAGACACUUCAGUUAUGGAACGCUGCGGCCAUGGAAGGUGUCCUCGGAUGGAAAAUUGUCCUUGAAGGUCUAGACAAAAGUCCAGACGCCAGGUGCUGAAGAUGCCUCGGAAGGUCUAGUUACGCAAUGAAGCGGCCAUGAAGUAUUAGCGCGACACCUUCUCCUUGAAGUUGGGUGCACUUUCUUAAGUCUGCCCUUUUCUGUGUGGAUUUCGAUAGGGAGAGCAGCUGCAGCUCAACAUUCCAAACUUGUGCUCUGAGACAAACUCCGUCUCUAAGACAAUGGCUGAACAUCUGGAGAACCAUCUUCAAUGUCCCACCGGUCUGGACGUCUUCAAAGAUCCUGUCAUGCUGCUGCCGUGCAGUCACAACUUCUUCCGUGCAUGUCUGCAGCAGUGGAAGGACGCAGGAGAACGAUCGUGUCCAGUCUGUCGGAAAGGGUUUAGUUUGAGGGAUCCGCCUCCCAACUUGGCACUGAGGAAUAUGUGUGAGAACCUUUCACGAGCCUCAGUCAAGUCAGAAGACAUGUGCAGCUUGCAUGAGGAGAAACUUCAACUCUUCUGUUUGGACCACCUGGAGCUUGUGUGCCAUAUCUGCAGAGAUGCAAAAAUCCACGUUGGUCACAAGUUCCGGCCCCUCGAAGAAAUUGUGAAAGGUCAUCAUGAGGAACUCCAGGAAGAACUGCAGAAGGCCAAGGAAAUACUCCAAGAUUACAACGACUGUCAUGAGAACUGCAACAAACAGGCAGAGUACAUCAAAGUCCAGAGGGAGAAUGUUGAACGCAAGAUUAAGAAGGAUUUCGAGGAGCUCCGUCGCUUUCUCGACGUCGAGGAGGAGGCCAGGUUGGCUGCGGCAAGGGAGGAAGAGACCAAGAAGAAUCAAACAAUGAAGGAGAAGAUGGCGGCUCACGGCGAACAAACGGCCGCUCUCUCAGAUCUCAUCAGAAGCAGUGAGGAGCAGCUAGCGUCUGGCAAUGUUUUUGUCAUGAAGAAGUUCAAGACUGCGAUGAGCAGAAUCCAGGAGCUGCCUGAAAAGCUGCCAGGAGGUCUGCUGGACGAAGCCAAACACGUGGGCAAUCUCAAAUUCAAGGUGUGGGAGCGGAUGAAGGAGACGCUCGCCUACAGUCCCGUCAUUCUGGACCCCAACACGGCCGGUCCAAGAAUCAGUCUGUCUGAAGAUCUGAGCAGUCUGAGUUUGGAAGAAGUACAGCAGGAGCAUCCAAAGAAUCCAGAGAGGCAAAAGUGGAACUGUGUGCUGGGUGGUGCUUUGGACCCGGGAAGACACGUGUGGGACGUUGAGGUGGGAGACAACAAUGCCUGGGAAGUGGGAUUCAUAAUUGGGGACCCUUGUUUGCCAGAGGAAAUGACUAGUUGGUUUAUUGGAUUUUGUGAUGGGGAAUACUUCAAGCCCAAUUGCAAUUACGGAGAAUGGUAUCCGCUUGUCAAUGUGCAGAGGCUAAGAGUUGAAGUGGACGUGAAAGAAAGGGAGCUGUCCUUCUCUGAGCCUCUUUCGAACACCGAAUUGUGGAACACUGAGAAGCCUUCCGAUUGGCCAGACUUGUCCGGUAACAUCAAAAUAUAUCCUUACUUUCGUACAGGACAUAAAAGUCCUCUAAAAUUGAUCCCCUUUCCACCUUGUGUUACGACAGCCAUCAGUUAGCGAUCGUGUUGACACGGCUUGAUUUUUUUGCUUUUCAAUGUCAUCUAAAUCAUUCCUUUUCUUUUAUCAAAUGAUUUGACUCUCAUUUAUUGUCCAGGUCAUGUCAUAAGACUUUACUGGAGUCAAAAGAAUGAAGCAGUUACUCAGCAUUUGAGUAUUCUUUUCUUCCAUUACUUUUUUGACUUGGGUGAAUACAACUUUUAGUUUAAUGGAAGUACAGUAAUGCUACUCUUACUUUUUGCUACUCUCUUGUUAACAUUGAUUUACCUGUAUUACUUUAAUAAUUGUACUACAAUCAUUUUUUGAUUUCAUUUGAAAGUAAUGCUACUCUUACUCGAGUAAAAUGUUUGGCUUCUCGUUACAGUUACAAAACUAUAUCACACACAAAUAACUACAUUAUUUUUUCACAAAUAAUUUGGAUUGACGACUUUGACUUGUACUUGAGUAAUUUUAUUUAAUCGUAAUGCUACUAUUGCUCGACUACCAUUUUGGGCUACUGUACUGAUGACAUUAUUUUCAAAAUAAAUGACUUUCAACACUUGCUUGGUACUUGAUAAUUUUUUUCACCCAAUACUUUUUGACUUGUACUUUUGCAUUGAUGUGAGUAAUACUUGAAAGGGUAUGAAAACGCAAAGGGGGUGUGAGACAUCAAUAGAACCGUUAUAUGCCAAGAUAACAAAUAUUGAUAAAGUUAACAAAAAAAUUAGGGCUGUCAAAAUUAUCGCGUUAACGCACGGUAAUUAAUUUUUUAAAUUAAUCACGUUAAAAUAUUUGACGCAAUUAACGCAUAUGUCCCGCUCAGACAGUAUUCUGCCUUUCGGUAAGUUUUACAGCAAGGCUUUUUGUGCUGUCGAACAGCAAACUCUUGUGGUCGCUUUGCGACAUGGUUUAUUUUUUUCUCACCAGUUCAAUAUGGCUGCACGACGUCUCGGGCUGACGCCUACGUUGUAA